AUGACUAAACCUUCAUCAGACCUUGUCCGUAAACCAAAUUUCGUUGAGCCAUUCAUCAUUGCAUGCCAUACUCGGCAUACAAAGCUAGCUGGAAUUGCUGUGAUCUGCUUGCAAAGACUAAUUGCAUCGCGAUCACUGCCAUCAACCCGCCUCAAAGAUGUCGUAGCAGGCUUGAAAGAAACAACAGGCCUAAGUCUCGACAUCCAACUGAAGAUUCUGCAAUCCUUGCCCUCGCUGCUGCAGUUCUAUUCCAAUGAUCUGAGCGGAGAGCUUCUUGCCGGUACACUGGAAAUAUGUGCCACGUUACAAGCGAGCAAAACGAUCGCUGUCUCCAGCACUGCUGCCGCAACUCUUCAGCAGCUGGUGGUGUCGACGUUUGAGAGGGUAUUUAGCGAGGACAAGCUCCCCAACGAUGCUAAGAUCACAACCAGCAUCAAAGUCGAUGGCCAGCCGGUUGAUGUCGGUUGUUUUGCCUACGAUGCAUUGCUGGUAUUGGAUGAUCUCUGUCGUUUGAUCGAUGGCGAGCCACUACAGUUUUUGCGCUCUCGGACUCUGUCCCCAAACUUUGUGCUAGAACUCAUUGAGAGCAUUCUACUGAAUAGUGGGCGUCUAUUCGUGGGACAUCCCGAGCUUUCACAAGUCUUGCGCGUUCGCCUAUUGCCCCUAGCGGUCCGCUGUCUUUCUGAACGAUCGUCAUUCGCCCAAAGCGUGCGAAUUUCGCGAAUCCUACUCAUACUUCUAAAACGCCACAUGUCUCUUCUGACAGCAGAAUGUGAGAUGGCGCUAAGCCUCAUAACACAUCUCGCUGAACCAGAUUCAACGGCGCCCUGGAAAAGGCUACUGUGUAUGGAGAUCUUUAGAGGAUUAUAUGCUGAACCAGGUGCGGUGCGGCUGAUUUACACCCUGUACGACGGGGAGGAUGGGCGAAAGAACAUACUCCGUGACCAUAUGGCUGCAUUAGUCAGGCUGGCAUCGGAGAAGCCUGCUUUGAUAGGUGUCAGCAAUCAGUCCACAGUACCUUUGCGCGCAGACCCCACAAGAUCUGCUACCGAGGAUCAAAUCACCCUCGAAACCGGGGGAGUUGCCGGUGUCAUUGGGUCGACUGUUCCUCCCAGUGAAACCAAAGUUCCCGGUAUCAGCAUGCAGUGGAGUGUAGUUCGUACGCCAUUCAUUGAGCUUCUCGACAAGACGGAACCGCCUGUUGCGCCGGAAACUUACAUAUACAGCCUUGUUCUCAACUGUAUCAGCAGUUUCGCCGAAGGGCUCGCGAAAUUCAUCCUUCCAUUAACGGUUCCGGAUCGAAAACAAAUGCGCAAAAAUCGUCUUCUUAGCCCUGUUCAAGGGCCUGGCUCUGCGAGAUCCUCCCAGGAGUUCUCAGCAGAACCUGUUCGCCCCCAACCCAGCUCACCAACGAGGAAGCCGCAGAUUCCCAUCAAUCCUUUGGAUCUGCAGUCUCAUGUUCAGUUUUCAGCGAUCAAGACCUGCGCAGGGAUAAUCGAGAAUUGCUGGCCCGCUGUGCUCGCGGCCUGCUCCACUUUCCUGCGCGCGUCCUUGGAUGACGAGUAUUAUCACAAUCUGGUGAGAGCCUUCCAGAAGUUGGCUCACGUGGCGGGUCUUUUGAGGUUAUCGGUGCCCCGAGACGCUUUCUUGACCACACUUGGAAAAGCUGCUACACCUGCCAAUGCAGGUAGCUCCAAGAACCAGCAUGUGCCCAGCGCUGGGCCGCAGCCAAGUGAAUCAACCCAAAAGAAACGCAAGAGCGCGGAUUUUUCACUUUCAAACCCUUCCUUAGCGGAGUCUGCAGGAGCAACUGCAGGAGAGGGAUCUCAUGUAUCUUUGAGUACCAGGAAUUUGCUUUGUAUGCGCGCUUUGCUGAACUUGGGGAUUGCCUUGGGGCCGACAUUGGACCAGCCGGCCUGGUCUAUCAUUCUCGAAACACUCCAAUACACCGGACUCGUGAUUGGCAUGUCUUCUAGCGCAAUGGUCAAGUCCGCUAGUGGGAAUAGCGAGGCACCACUGACACCAGGAAAUGAUAUCCCAACUGCCAAUCUCGGAACAGAGGUGAUUGCAGUUCAGGCAGCUUCCAGUAAGAUGCUUGAAACCACCACCGAUCUGCCAGGAGAGUCAUUCGAGGAGAUCUUGCUUGCCUUGUUGAACCUAUCGAGCUUCACGGAGCAGCGCUACCAAGAAGAGAGCGCCAAAGAGGUUUCCGAAAUGCCUCGCUCGCCGCAGUCCUCCAAAGGCAGCGGACGCAUGCAUCAAAAUGCCCGACGGGUGUCACAUAACGUUGGAAAAUCCAGAAUGCAGGACGAAGAGCUCAAAUUUGUUCUUGACAAGGCCAACGAGCUGGCCAAUGCCAACCUUGAUAGACUCUCAUCUCUUGAAACCAUUGAUUCAAAAGCAUGGGGGCUAUUAACGCAUAGUCUUAUUUCAGCUUCCGCCAAUACUGCCAUCAGCCCGAACCUUCGCCUUCAAGCGAGCGCGAUUUUAAGCACACUCGUUUUCUCAACAAUGAAACGGAGGGACGAAGACGAUGAGAAAGUCUACAACGAUUUACAAACAAGGAAUCUACAGACCUUGAAAGACCAUGUAACCUCGCUUUAUUCGUCGGACAUGCAUACCUCGAAGUCUUUGCCGAUAACCGUGAUUGAAAUUCAUGAGCAAAGUCUAGAGGUGCUUCGAAACAUUUUGGAACAAUAUGCAGAAACAUUCGUGGAUGGCUGGGAUCUCAUCUUCGACCUGAUCUCUGGUGUUUUCCACCAUACUCCGCAAUCUGAGACUUCUGGUCGACCAACGGAUACGUUACAGCGUAGACCAUCAGCUCUUCCAGCAGGCCCGCGCCUUGUUCGUGCCGCCUACAAAUCCCUACAUCUUGUUGCCUCCGACUUCCUUUCUUUGCUUCCGGCGCCCUGCCUCCUGAGUCUGGUGAACGCUUUCUCCAACUUCGCAUCCCAGACUCAGGAUUUCAACAUCUCGCUGACCACUACAUCAUUCUUUUGGAAUGUGUCUGAUUUCCUGCAGGGCCAGAUCGAGCAGAUCUCGGUCGAUCAUGUCGAUCCGUCUGUCAGCGAGCAAGAGCUGGCCGAACUAGCUCGUAACGAUGACCCCUCGGUCUCGAGAAACUCGCUGUGGCUGCUACUGCUGCUCCGCAUCGUUGAUAUCACGUCAGAUAGCCGACCGGAGAUUAGAAAUAGUGCGGUGCAUACCCUUCUCCGCAUUUUCGAUGCCUAUGGGCAGCAGCUCUCCCCUAUGGCCUGGCGUCUUUGUUUGAAUAUGGUCGUGUUCAAGAUGACUGAGGGUAUUGUUGCUACGCUUCUCGAAGUAAAGAGCAAACAAGGCAAUGGAAAGUCGGAUGAACUGAAGUCCUGGGUGGAUACCACAGUUGUCAUGAUUAGGGGGUCGUCUGGCUUGAUAACCAAUUUCUUUGAUACUCUUGCUCGUGACGAGAAGUUCGAUCAGUCCUGGGCACGACUUGUGAAAUAUUGGCAAAGCUUGAAUGAUCUGCAUAUCCUGGAGUUCAACGAAGCAACAUUCUCCAGCUUAUCUGCAAUCCUCCUUCGAGUACAAAGCGCUGGUCAACUGAGCAACGAGGCUCUUGAGUGCGCAUGGCUUGCUUGGGCAAAUUCACACCCUGCUGAGGAUGAAGGACUGCUUGACCUCGAUCAGCCCAACCAGGACGCCGCCCUAGCCUAUUUACAAUCAUUCCAGCAAGUCUAUCGCCUCUACAAAGAUAGACUUACCACAACAAAUGUCGAAAAGGUUCUUCACCACCUUCGUCUGCUUGUGUGGAACUCGGUUGCUCCGCGCUACUCUCCGGACACCGACCGACCCUCGGCUGUUCAAGCGCUAGUCACUGAAUGCAUCAAGACUCUGUGCCUCGAGAAAGAGGCAUCACAACCAGCGAUUCUGUUUUGUCUAGCCGAGCUGUCUGACUCGGCACUGUCAAGGUGGGCCGCUGGAAGUGAUACCAGGAAGCCCGCGUUUGUAGCAUUCUCCAAAAGCAUCAUUGACCUUCUGAACUGGUACAUCGCUGAAUUUGGCAUCAAACAAGAUGUCUUCACGAAUGGAGCUCUGGCGGAAACUCUCAAGCAUCUCAGCACUGCGAUUGCACAGAAGUACACAUGGCAGGGCAAAGACCGUGAGCCUUUCCUCUGGCAGAGGGCUACAACAGCGUCCUUGAACAUUCUCCAAGUCGCGGUUCCGUAUGCCGAAAGCCAGUACAGCAAAGCUGCCGAAUCCGAAAUAUCCCAAUUUUGGCAACGUAUCGUGGAAAUCACCAAUGGAAUCGUCUCUGCUCAUGGUUUCCAGACCCAGGAACUCCCCAAGAAACGAAUUGCGUCCGACCAAGACUUCGACACAAAAUCAUUCGUACAACUGAAGACAAUUAUCCUUCCAUCCCUCGGCAACUCCGCCAUCCCCGACACAGUUCGCCGUGACUUUGCUCGCGCUCUCUUUCAUUCCUCCUUCAUCUACGCCCCUCUUCGCUUCGACCUCCCCAGAUCCGGCAUGGAAGACCCUUUGGAAGACUUCUACACCGUUCGUCCAGGCCGUACUUUCGACCCUCCCCCAACUCUCCGCCCGAGCAUCACCUAUGUCCUCAUCGACACCCUAUUCGAGCUUGCUGCAGCCAAGAAAGAGCAAAAGCCAACCAAGACCCAGUCCCCCUUCGUUUCGUUGGCCCGCUCCAUCUCACCGUAUCUCCUCCUGCGCUGCGCCAUCUCACUCAAGUCCUACAUCGCAGACCAACCCCUGCGUGGCUUGAUGCCACAACCUACGCCGGCUCGAAAGGAUCUACUCCAUCUUCUCGAUCAUUUGGUCGAGCUGAAGAGCGAGCCCUCGGCUAUCCCGGACCCGACGGCUAUCAAGACCGUCUCGGCUCUUGGGCCUGCUGGAGAUGAUGCACCACGACACUACCGUAAGCACAUCGAGUGGGUUUACCCUCUCGUUGCCCGGGCUGUGCAGGUUGCUGGCAAGGAGCGCGAUGACGGAAAGGUUCUCCAGUCGCUUGGGAAGGUGUUGCAGGAGACCGGUCGAUUUGAAUCUUAG